AUGGGUCAACCAUCCGAAUCCGAGAUACUCUACUCCUAUCUCCUCCACCCAUCACCGCUGUCCACAAUCCUACCAUUCCAGACAUUCCAGAGUCUAGUGGCCAACAAGCCUUCAUCUUCAUCUUCCAAUUCCGCACGAACCACCUCAUCUGCCCAUGCAGCUCGCCACAAGCCGGAACUGAAACGGUUAUACCGCGACCUCGAAUUCCAGCGAGACAUCACGGUCGACGGGGUCCGUCGACGCAUUGACCAGGAAGCCCGACGCAGCGGCGGACUAUUGACACGUCUAAGGCGUCAAGUCAGACGUGAAGAAGGGGAAAGACAGUCUCAAUCUACCCUAAACUCACGGCGGAAGAGGAAGCGUGUUACUGAUGAUGAAGACGAAGCUGGAGCUGGAGCUGGAGGCGAUGAGGACGAAGACGACGACAUCUCUUCCAUUGGAGGAAACAACGAUGGCGAUAAUGGACGACUAGAAACACAGAUCGACGUGCAUCUCGACGGGCCGCGUGGCCAGACAAUCAACCACAACAACAAUCCCGCUUCCACUUCCAGAUACAAAUCCAAUCCCAACCAUACAAUAUCAACCCUGAUCACGGCAAUGGCUACAGCCAAAACAGAUCUCGAAGCCGAAAUCGCCGCGCUCGAAACCGAACUGGAAACCGUCCGUCGGGAGUGUGAAGAGGGAGUCGGCGCAUUGAGUGAUUUGCGGUAUGGACGGUUCGCCGGACCUGCUUCGGCCAGGAGCAUGCAACAGAGCGACAAUGACGAAAGUGGAGGUGAAGGCAAAAGUCGUGGUGGCAAUGUCGACACCGAUGUCGAUAUUACGACUACCACCACGAGUACAGUCACGACGACGACGACGGUUGAGGUGGGAGUGGUGGAUGCAUUGCACGACUUUACUGCUCGUCUGGACAGAGAGAUGUCUCGAAGGCAGAGGUGA